AGGACAGCCCAACCGGCGGCAGGAGGUAUGCAUUAACUCCUCCCCUCGCCCUGCGAUCUGUUACGUCCUCCUCCUCCUCCUCUCCGAAUCCAGCAGCCGCACAGAAGCUGCCGCCGUGCCUCGUCUUUGACGAAGGAGAUACAGAAAGCCGGAGUAAUAGCUAAACCGCCGCACAGCCAUGGCAGAAAACGCCGGCUUGGAAAACCACCGCAUCAAGAGCUUCAAAAAUAAGGGACGCGAUGUCGAGACGAUGAGGCGACAUCGAAAUGAGGUGACGGUUGAGUUAAGAAAGAACAAACGAGAUGAACAUUUACUGAAGAAGAGAAACGUCCCCCAGGAGGAGAGCCUGGAGGACUCCGAUGUCGACUCAGACUUCAAAGGACAAAACGUUACACUCGACGCCAUCUUACAGAACGCGACCAGUGAUAAUGUAGUUAUACAGCUCAGUGCUGUUCAGGCAGCCAGAAAACUGCUCUCCAGUGACAGAAACCCUCCCAUCGAUGACUUAAUAAAGUCCGGGAUCCUGCCCAUUUUAGUCAAAUGCCUGGAAAGGGAUGACAAUCCCUCUCUUCAGUUCGAGGCCGCCUGGGCCCUGACCAACAUCGCCUCUGGGACGUCAGCACAGACUCAGGCUGUGGUGAAAUCCAACGCGGUGCCGCUCUUCUUGCGACUGCUGCAUUCUCCUCACCAGAACGUGUGCGAGCAGGCUGUGUGGGCCUUAGGAAACAUCAUAGGCGACGGGCCGCAGUGCAGGGACUAUGUCAUCUCCCUGGGCGUGGUCAAGCCCCUGCUGUCUUUCAUCAACCCGUCGAUCCCCAUCACUUUCCUCCGGAACGUCACCUGGGUCAUCGUCAACCUGUGCCGCAAUAAAGACCCACCCCCACCUAUGGAGACGGUACAGGAGAUUCUGCCCGCCCUCUGCGUGCUCAUAUAUCACACUGAUAUUAAUAUCCUCGUAGACACAGUUUGGGCUCUGUCCUAUCUGACGGACGGAGGCAACGAGCAGAUCCAGAUGGUCAUAGAUUCUGGAGUUGUUCCGUUUCUCGUGCCUCUCCUCAGCCACCAGGAGGUUAAAGUUCAGACGGCGGCCCUGAGGGCAGUGGGAAACAUCGUAACGGGAACAGACGAGCAGACGCAGGUGGUUCUAAACUGCGAUGUCCUCUCGCAUUUCCCCAACCUGCUCACGCAUCCUAAAGAAAAGAUCAACAAGGAAGCAGUCUGGUUUCUGUCCAACAUCACGGCUGGGAACCAACAGCAGGUCCAAGCUGUGAUCGACGCCGGCCUGAUUCCUAUGAUCAUCCACCAACUGGCCAAGGGGGACUUUGGCACUCAGAAAGAGGCAGCAUGGGCCAUCAGCAACCUCACCAUCAGUGGGAGGAAAGACCAGGUGGAGUUUUUGGUGGAGCAGAACGUCAUCCCUCCGUUCUGCAACCUGCUGUCCGUGAAGGACUCCCAGGUGGUGCAGGUUGUGCUGGACGGCCUGAAGAACAUCCUCAUCAUGGCGGUGGAUGAAGCCAGCACCAUCGCUGAGAUCAUAGAGGAGUGCGGAGGUUUGGAGAAGAUAGAAAAUUUGCAGCAACACGAGAACGAAGAUAUCUACAAACUAGCCUUCGAGAUCAUCGAUCAGUACUUUUCAGGAGAUGAUAUUGAUGAAGAUCCCAGCUUGAUUCCUGAAACCACUCAAGGAGGAACCUUCAACUUUGACCCAGCGUCCAACAUGCAAACAAAGGAGUUUAAUUUCUAAAAAGCCAGGAUGUUUGGUUCCACCAAGUUGCACGGGUACUCUGUAAUCAUCCCAGACACUCACCCAUCUGUCCAAUCUGGCAACCUGGUACAGAAGGAUUUCUCAGAGCAUCCUUACACAAUGGAAACUCACCACUGAAGGGUUUACGCACACCCACGUCUGCAGUGUUGGGUGGCUUUUCUUUUAUUAUUUUGAUUCCUUCCUUUGUUUUUUUUUUCUUUGUAAAAUUGUCAUCCUUUACAGACAACCACAGCUCUUCAUAGGAGUCCUGGUUUAUUCAACCGCCACCAAUCUGGCAACCUGCAUCAGGAAGACUGUCAGCUUAGUCUGCCACUUCGGCGAAAUGUCAAAGGUAAAACCUGAAGGAAUUAAAAAAAAAAAAGCCUUCUUGGCAAGAUUUAAUUGCCAAAUGUCAAGUCUACAAAGACAAAAUCACAAGCACAUUUUCAUGCACCAAACACAUUUACACACCACACAUGCGCAUAUAUAUGUAUAUAUAUAUAUAUAUAUAUAUAUAUACAUGCAUAUAUAUAUAUAUACAUAUUACUAGUGUAUACACACCUUUUGACACUUUAUGGUUUGUGUGCAUACUUCUAUUAGAAGCCAUCAUAUCACUUAAGGGGAAGAAAUACUACUGUUUUUUUGUGGUUUAUUUUGUGUUCCCCCUCUGAUGUUACUUCACCCAUGCACGCACAUGCACACACACAAACACUGGCAAACAAAGUAUACACACAAAGACGCUUGGUCACACUGAUUCCUGACGGCCAGGCCCACCCCUCUCUCACCCAGUUUAGAGUUGAUCCCAGAGCUAAGCCAUGAUUACCCACCGAUUUCCUCCCCCCCCCCACUGCCUUUCCAGGAGAGCCUUUGGGCAGGUAGAGGGGGAGAAAGGGCUCUAAGGUCAAUAUACACACGAUUAAAAAAGAAAAAAAAAAGAAAAAGAGGACUGACGGGACUUGUCACUUUUUAGUGUGACUUCUGUUGAGUUAUCAAACUGUUUUAAAAAGAAAAAAUCAAAAUGUGAAGAAAAUGCCAUACUUUUUUUCCUUUUUUCCAAACUGUAAGACCUGCUUAAUGCCUGCUUCUGAUUUGAGAAGAGCGACAGCAUCUUUUUUUCCUUUUAAUAUUUUUUUCUUUCAAUGGAUGGGAGAACCUGUCACGGGAGCUUUCAGGUGAAGGCACAGAGUCUGCGGAGAAGAGGAACUCAUCAGCCGUAGCGUUCAUUUCACCCACCACCCCACCCCUCCAUUUAACAAAAGAAAAAAAAAAGCGGGAUAUCCAUUUCGGCACGCGUCGUGUAAUCCGGCGAACUCUUUUCUUGAGAAUCCCCUGCGAAAUGUGAAACUCGUUUAUCGAAAACAACCACAAAAAAAAAAAUCGUCCUGAAUCACUCAUCUUACCGUAAGGCUAUUUUUAUUUUUUAACAUUUUUUAAAGUUAAAAAUGAUUUAUUUCAUGUUUCCACUUCCUCUGGUAGUCUGUGGAGCUUCCUUGUGUCUGUUUUUUUUUUAAACUUUUUUUUUUCUUCAGUCUUAUGCACACAUCUGAGAGGCAUAAUGAUGUCUGCCUGCAGAAAGGGGACCUAUGCUCAUUGGAAACUCCUGAUUUACAGUACUUAACUACUUUUUAUGAAGAGGUCACAUGUCAUCACUCAAUUUGAACAAUUGUAAAAAAAAAAAAUAGAAAAAAAAAGCGUGAUGUGUAACUCUCCUUGCCGUCUAAUGAAUAUAUGAAUAUAUUUACAUAAAGCCUGUACAAAGCUGCUGCAGCUGACAGUCGUUGGAUAGACAACUGCUGUCAAAGAUGGCUGGGGAGGGUUUUGUGUUUUUUUUUGGAAGCAAUAUUUCUUUUAUAGUUUUUAUUUUUGACUUGCAUAUGUAUUGUGAUGAUAUGCUGAUACAUUUGAACAGGCUGGGUUUUUGUUUCAUGCCCCCCCCUCCUCCUCACGGUGGCGACGGGCCGUUUCAAAAGGCGCCGUCCCACGUUCCGGCUGGUCAUUCUGGGUUGGGGUUUAUGGCGUAGAGCUUUAAUCCCAACUCCGGUCCUCGCCUUGCAGACUUUCUGAUCCUCUGGUUGGCUGCUAACUACUUAGAGGGGGUCGGAGCAAGCGGGGUCACACCGGGGCUUUAAGAAUUGGGUGAGUUUGACAUAAGCAGGCCCGGCUUUGUUUAGUUUUUUUGUUAAUUUUUUUCUGGACGGCGGGGGGGACUAGCUGUUUAUUACUGAACAAAACUACAGAGAGGGUGUACAGUCAUGAACUAGCAGACUAGACCGAGCCACUUUAAAGAUUUACAAUUUCGUUGCCUUGUAUCUGCAUUUGAUACAAGCUUAUGUUUGUUGCAAGAUUUUUACUUGCUAAUGAAAAGUUGUUUUAAAUAAAGUAAUAGGAGAAAAGCAACAGACAGCGUUUUGGCCUCUGAUUGUUUAUAUCUUUUUAUAAAUUUUAGAUUGAAUCCUUCUCUUUAAGGUGGCUCAUUGAUGCUUUCAACUCUUGUGCAUAUUAAAGACGAGAAUGAGUUGAAAAUCAUUGUGCCUUUUGUUUUUCAUUUCAACUAAAAACUGUUUUACUGAAAACAAACGAUGGAGAGAUGUGGCUGGUAGUCUCCCUGUUGUUGGGGUUUGCUAUGAGAAUGGUCACUGCUGCUCUCUGCUGUUGAGAGGAACCACUCUCCUCCGAUCCAACUCACUGGACAAUGUAACACGCCAUCUCCUCCCACUCAUUCUUCCCCUUCCACCCCCUCGACGCCUCAAACCAUCAUUGCCAUAAUUUCAGGGGAUCCUGCCAUCUCAUCUCGCCCUCAGGACAUUAUCUGUGUUUCUGACUAACCAAAAUAAACUUGCUGUUUAGCCGUUGGAUCCUUAAUGCUUGCAAGUGUUGUGAUUCACAUGCACACGGUCGCCGUUUCAAGUUGGACGAACAUCCA